GGUUGGGAGGAAGAGGUGGAGGGAGAUUGUUUUGGGUUGAGGCUGCACUUGGCUACUCCUGCCCCUUCUCUUCGGUAGACCGGUUAUAAAACUCUACCUGCUUCUCUUUUAUGUUAUACUUCGAUGAGAACAGGCCUAAAAGAGCCGGAAUAAUUGCUCAACAUUUGAGGGGGAGUCCAUGAUCACGUGCAUCGCAUUCGGCUGCUUCGGAACUCGUUUCGUUUGCUCCGACAUCACAAGAUUUCUGAUCAUCAACCACACAACCACCCCAUCAAUAAUGGCUUCCCCACCUCCAGCUACGCCUUCCCAUAAGCACUCAUGCCUAUUGUGCGCGAGGCGAAAGAUAAAAUGCGACAAGCAGGAUCCGAAGUGCUCGAAUUGCACCAAGUCACAUGCCGACUGUAUCUACCAGGCACCACCCCCGCCACAACGACACAGAAAGAGGCAGGCGGACGAAGAGUUAAUAGCCAAGCUUAGACAGUACGAAGAGUUGCUGAGAAGCCAUAAUAUCGACUUCAAGCCAAGUACCACUGUCUUGACUCCGAAGUCUGUUCAGGAAGACCACGCAAAAGCGUCGCCAAGCCAUCAUUCCAGCAAAACACCAGACACAGUCCCUCACUCGAGUGGGAAAUCUGGAUAUGGAACAGAUCACUCAAUUCAUUCUGAUUCGGUUGAUGUUGAAUCAAGGAGCCCCUGGGCGUCACUGAGCAAUGAGUUGAGAAAUCCACCCAUGCAACGACUCCCGAAACUUGAGGAAGGGCAAGCUUUGAUCAAUGGAGCCCCGAAAGUGCCUUUAGGAAUCGAAGAAUUUCUUCUCACGCAAGUCUCCCAGGAACAGCGCCACCCCGAACCACGACACAUCUUCCGCCUCUGGCAAAUUUUCGUCGAGAACGUGAAUCCCCUAGCCAAGAUUCUGCACGUGCCGACCUUUCAACAGCGGAUUUUUGAAGUCAGUUGGAAUAUCCCGAGCAUUUCGAAACCCACCCAGGCUAUUAUGUUUGCUGUUUAUACCCUGGCUAUUGGCUCGUUGUCGCCUUCGGAUUGUCUCAAGCUUUUUGAUCAAGACAGAGAUACGCUAUUUGAGCAGUAUCGAAAAAGCGCAAUGCAGUCCCUCAUUGCGGCGGAGCUGUUGUCGACGAGGGAUGUUGAGGUGUUGCAAGCGUUUGUUUUAUUUCUGUUAUCCGAUCCCGACUCAGACUCAACAGCCACACUAACUGCUCUCGCAGUACGCAUUGCUCAAAAAAUGGGCCUGGAUAGGGAAAAACCGCCAGCAAAACAUUCAUUUUUUGAAACGGAAAUGCGUAUCCGGUUAUGGUGGCAAAUCAGAGGGCUUGAUGCUCGUGCUAGGCAUCAGUUGAGCAUGUGCUUUCCCUCUCCUGAAUCAAGCAGCGACGUUCGACUGCCGUUGAACGUUAACGACUCUGAGUUGCAUCCAAACAUGGCAGAGGCGCCAACAGUUCACACAGGCACUACAGAAAUGCUCUACUGCUUGUUGAAACAUGAAGUGGGGCAAUGGUUCCGAACUUCGGCUCUUGCCUCCAAACUCUUCUUCAAACACAAGGAGCAGAGGGGCUUGUUUGGUUCCACUCAGCCAUUGGAGGUCAAAGACCAGGCUAUUAAAGAACUGGAGACGAUAUAUGUCGAGAAAUACCUUCAACACUGUGAUCCUCGAAUCCCACUCCAUUUUAUAUCACUCUCUAUCUCACAGCUCGCGCUCUGCAGAAUGAAAUUCAUCUCACAUCACCCACGGAAUCAGCCGGAUGGAGGAGCACACAUAUCGCAAGCAGAGAGCGACUUUGUCUUUGAGAACGGCGUCAGGCUUCUUGAGCUCGAUAUCGAAUGUACGAAAACACAGUUCUCGCAGCAGCUACUCUCUUCCAUGACCGCCAAAUCGCAGAUCGACGCUGUCAUCUAUGUGCUAAGUGAGCUUCGCCGUCGAGCAACGGGAGAUCUCGUCGCCACAGCCUGGAAGGUCGUUGGCACAGUCUACGAAGACCAUCCCGAUCUCACCCAGGAUACGACAAACACAUUUUACGUCGCUCUAGGAGAUUUAACUCUCUCAGCAUGGGAAACCAGGCAACGAGAACUUCUUCAACGACAAGGGGCACGCAUUGAAGAAAUCACCCCUCCUUACAUAUACUCUUUAAUGGCAACACGGAAACGAGAGACGGCUGACCUCAACACGGUACCUGCACUUGGCUCGGAUGGCUUCCCUGGGUCAACAAUGCUUGGGCUGGGUGGCGAGGGGCAUUUGCCAGGGGGGUGGGACCCGAACUCUGCGUUCACGAAUUUCACGAUGCCGAGUGAGUUUGGAACUGAUCCGCUAGAUUGGGGGUAUUGGAAUGAGUUCCUGCAGGUGUGAAGAGCGUGCGAUUAACGAUAUUAAUUUUUAAUAACACCUGAAUGGGCCGCCUUUUAGUGAGGUUCAUGCUGUGGCAACUGUGACUUGACAGGGCUGAGACACUGUAAAGCAGCUCCUGCGGGCAAUUUUACGACCUUCAACCUCCAACUUCUUCUUCCUCGUCAACAUUGGCAU